GCCUCCUGCUCGAAUCGUGGAGGAGCUUCGACACCUCCGUUACCUGAGCUCCCACCCCCGAGUCCUCUGCACCACGCGCGCCCUUUCGCAAUCCGACACAAGUUCUCAGCAGCAAUAAUCCAACCCGCAACCUUGCAAUCGCAUCCCAACGGAACAAGGCAGCAACGAUGUCGACAAUCACCACCACGGCGCUGCAAUCGGGCCACGCACCCAUCAUCCCGCUCGCCUUCAACUCGAACCAGCCGGAGACGAUCCGCCUCUACCCGCUCUCCAACUACACCUUCGGCGUCAAGGAGACGCAGCCCGAGGAGGACCCCUCGGUGAUCGCCCGCCUGAAGCGUCUCGAGGAGCACUACAACCAGCACGGCAUGCGCCGCACCUGCGAGGGCAUCCUCGUCUGUCACGAGCACAACCACCCGCACAUCCUGAUGCUGCAGAUCGCCAACGCCUUCUUCAAGCUGCCCGGCGACUACCUCCGCCCCGAGGACGACGAGGUCGAGGGCUUCAAGUCGCGCCUGGACGAGAGGCUCGCCCCCGUCGGUCGCAUCGGCGAGGGUGAGGAGCCCGCCGACUGGCAGGUUGGCGACUGCCUGGCGCAGUGGUGGAGGCCCAACUUCGAGACCUUCAUGUACCCCUUCGUGCCCGCGCACGUCACCAGGCCCAAGGAAUGCAAGAAGCUGUACUUCAUCCAGUUGCCCAAGAGCAAAGUGCUCAGCGUGCCGAAGAACAUGAAGCUCCUCGCCGUCCCUCUCUUCGAGCUCUACGACAAUACUGCCAGAUACGGUCCCCAGCUUUCGGCGAUCCCCCACCUGCUCAGCAGGUACAACUUUGAAUUCGUCGACGAGAACGGUAACAUCGUCGCUGCCACGCCCGGCUCUAGCGCGCCCGAGGGGUACGUGCCCAGGACAAAGAUUUUGGCCAGCGGCGACGACACGGAUAUGCAGGAGGCCAAGGAGGAUGACAAUGGAGAGCAGUGAACCCGCGGCUGUUAACAGGCAAGGGUGGUUAGGCAUCUCACGGAAAGGCUUGGGCGAGGCGUUCGGCGUAUGUCAAAAAGUGCCAUAGUAGACCUGUGGCUGUACAAUAGGUUUGACUAUAUACCACCC